UCCUUUUCUCAACUCAUCUUCUCAUUAUCUCUUUCGAACGAUCCCAUUGUACCUGAACUAAUAACUAAUCAAUCGAAACACUUCAUCAAGGUCAUCUCAAUAUGUUUGCAGGUUACACUGAAUCAUUAUUUUCAGAUGAUACCGCCACUCCUAGAGCUCCAUUGCCUACCCCACUACCAUGUCAAUCUGGCUUAAGACGAUCAGCUACGUCAGCAGCUCAAACAAAUCGAACGUUUACCUCGCCAUUUGAUGAAGUAGGCGAAAGGGUUAGAAGGGUAUCGGUUCGAGAAGAAGAAUUUGGUUGGUCAGGCUCUAUCGGUGGGAUAAGAGGUCGAGACGAUAGACAGAUUGAAAGAGACACGGAAUAUGAAAGAAAGAUGGAAGAGCGACGACAAAGACGACACGAACGCAAACUAGCUCGACAACAUCAACAUCAACAAUCUUCAAGAAUGCAGCAACAAGUACCACCGCCACCAUCCUACUUAGCCACUACUACCUCUACACCAGCACCUCGUCGUGUCACAUUAGCUUCUUCAUUACCAGCAGACAUCGAUUCACUUAAUGCAGCUCACAAAUCUACCAAUGAUUUGAAAAGAGGUAAAAGUUUAAGAGAAAGAGUCGGUGCAGCUCUUAAUCGAUUCCAAAGUUCUGCUUCUCGUACUUCACCACAAGUAAAUGGCUCAUAUGAGCUUCAAAGAACCCAAAGUUUAUCAGCACCAAAACAUGAAAUCAUCAAUCCCACUCAACCCACUCCCAACAAUGGACUUAAUCGAUCUAUUACCGGUCUAGCUCGUAAAAUCUCACGAAAAAUCAACAUUGAAGAACGUCGUAAUUCACAUGCUGAUCUUUAUGCUGCACCUCCAACCUUAUCUCAUACCUUAGUAGGACCUGCAUCACCUUUUCCAAUGAGACCACCACUUUCUUCUUUAGUUAGUAGUGUGCCCGCUUAUGGUGAAGCUCAUAAUCCUCAUUCAUUAGAUCCUGUUAGACGUGGUCCUUAUCGUCCUGCUAAAAGACCUGGUCAAAUCCGUGCACAAUGAAUGAUACCCAUUUCUUUUUUAAUCCUUCUUUUCGUUUCAAUCAUUUUUUUGAUUCACUUCUAGCUUCUUUGUGAUAUCAUUUUUCAUAUCCAUACUAUACCUUGAUGACCGUGUGCAUGAGUGCUGAAAGAAUUGAAUUCUGGAGAUGAUUUCUUUGUACUCGAUACCAAUAUAUACGUAUGAUUGAAUUUCUGGAUUCUAUACUUGACUCUUUAGAUUUUUCUGAUUGGGAAUAUAUAUAUCAAAUCAUUUUGAACAU